GUCCAUUUCAAUUUCACACUCCUGUUCCCCGCCGUGCGGAAUCAUGGACUUGAAAACUGCCUGUCCUGUGCUUGCAGAGCACAGAGCCUCCCCAAGAGCAGGGCCCAAGAGCUGGCAGGGCGGAAGACUUGGAAGCCCUGGCAGGCCUGGCAAAAUAGGCCGCGUCACCUGCGCCACUCUGGCCAUUUUCACAGCCCCUAUCUGGUACCCAAAGAGGCUCCGCCAAAGGAGAAGAGUGUGGGAGCUGAAGGCUUCAGCACGUCCUGUGGAUGUGCUGCUGGUGGUUGGAGAAGGUGCAUGUCCCUGGGGGGAGGGAGGCACGGAAACUAUGGCAAAGGCACUUGGCUUGAAAGGAUCAGUGCCGUGGCCUUUGGCCAUACAGCAUUUGGCUGGGAAACUACGACAAGCAGUCCCAGGUCUCAAUGUCCAGGUGAGCACCGAACAAGAAGCAGAACAUGCAGCGGAACAAGGUCGUCACCAGAUCAAGCUGGUGGCACUCAUCAACGUGACAAGCACCACCAGGAACUGGUCGCAAGGUGGUUUGAGUUCGACGCUGGUGUUGUCUUCGACACUUGGCCGGUCGAAGCUGUGGGCACGUAGUGGAGGAGAUGGAGAUGCAGAGAAGGUCUUGUCUCGAUGUGGUGAGUUGUGGUCCAGAGACACGGCUGAGGACUGUUUCUAUGCCUUGCUUUUUGCAAUCCAUUUUUCCGUGAAACCAGUGCCCUUGGUGGAACAAGAGCCACAAAUUAUCUCCUUGGAGAAGAUUUGGCGCCUAUGCACUCGAUGUUUGAACGAAGCCAUGCAGGCAGGCUUAGAUGGAGAAGCUCGAGCUUGCUUGGCUUGUCAGAGUGGUUGUGAUGUCCGAGAUCAAACUCAGAUGUACCGAUGUACUGUAAGCCAUGAGUCUGACGCGUUGGCUCGACUUGUUCGCUGCUUUGAGAGGCGUGGGAUUUUUGAUUGUGAAGCUGAAAUCCCUGAGGUGCCUUUCGAGCCCAUGGCGACUUUCAAAGGAAAGCGUUUGACUCAGGAGACGGCGUGGAGCAUCAUGGAAGGCCAUUGGGACUUUAAUCCUGAGAGCUGCUCUUGGAGACCUGUGCUAGGGCAAAAUCCUGCUUACGACUACUUCCCAUGUCAAUACAAUAGCUGGUACAGAGAUCCCAAAGGAAAUCGAGGCUGGUAUGACCCGGUUUUUAGGGUUAUCACCUUAGACGGUCGAGCAGUGUGGCGAAAGCGACAUUAUCGCGUUCUUCCCGGAAAGCAGCCUGGAAGCUUCAACCUUAGUACCGAGGAUAAUGGAAUUUCUCUGAAGGAGUUUUGGCGUAUUGUUGAUGCCGAUGACAAGCUCACUUGGGCUGUUUUCCACUAUGCAGGUGCUGCAAAGUCAGUUGGUCAAAGCUAUACGGGAUCACUCUUGGUGACCAAAGAUGGAACCCUUGGACCUUCUUCGGAUUCUCUUCCUGCAGAGCGCAUUCGCCAAGCCUUUGAAAAGGCUGGGGUGGCAGCCUUCGAGUUAUAUGGAAUCCAACAGGACACCGGAGAUGCUGAUGUUGAAAGUGCUCCACUCACAAGGUUUGGUGGCCUUCCCCGGUACAGAGACAUGAACAGACCAACCUUGUAGCCAUAGUCUUGUCCUUUCGCGCACGUACCUUAUGCGACCUCUCAACAUGGAGAUCUUUGACAAGGCAAGGCAGAACGGAUGCAUCAAAAGAAUCCGUCAAACGACUGCCAACGUCAUAGCCAGUG